UUGGCACUUUCGCUUUAGACCUACCGUCUGCUGAGGAGGAGUGAGGAGGCUUUUUGGAGCAGCUCCGAUAAAACCUGCUUAAACGCCGAAUUUAUUUGUCCGUAACAACUGGUUAACUUAGCACUCAGCGGGAAAAUGCAUCUGCUGCUUUCUUUUGUCGUGCUCGCCGUCCUGAGCGCCAGUUCCUUCGCCAAAGUCUCUUCACCAAAAGUCCAGGUUUACAGCCGUAACCCUGGAGAAUAUGGGAAGGAUAAUGUGCUGAUCUGCCACGUUAGUGGCUUCCAUCCCCCAGACAUCACCAUCAAGUUGCUGAAGAAUGGCGUGGAAAUCAUGGACACCAAGCAGACUGACCUGGCCUUCGAGCAGGGCUGGCAGUUCCAUCUGACCAAGAGUGCAGCCUUCAAACCCGUUUCUGGAGAGACCUACGCCUGCGAGGUCCAGCACAUGGGCAAACAAAAUAAGUACAGCUGGGAGCCAGACAUGUAAACAGCUGGAGUCUUGAUUCCAUUUGGAUAAUUUUGUUUUUAUUAUGCCUUAUCUACUGGCGAUACCUGGAGAUACCAACAUUUUGACAAUAACUUUAAUCCAUACAUCUGUCAUCCACUCUAUCAUGUUGUUCUGUAACUUUGUAUAAUCAUGCACAAUUACAUUUUACCAUUUACUUUUUAGCUUCUGGCUAAACACUUUCAAAUGAUACAGACAGUUUGCCUUUUCUGGAAAAUUACAUACUUAGCUGUUUGUCUUGGUUUUUAGCCACUGGCAACGGAGGUUUUCUAAAUGUAAAUUUUACUUUCACCUACCUUUUUCAUAUUUGCUCUGUCACAUUUAUGAACCGUAACGAAAAGUUUUAGGAUUCUUUGUGUGUUUUUGUUUUGAUUUUUCCUAAUAAUACUUGUAAGAAAAUGACUUUUGUCUUUAAAUAAAUUUAUUCCCCUUCCCCAAA